CGCUGUCAGAUCACAGCUUCCUCACUUGCAGAGCAGACCCAGUCUCACCUGGAGGAUUAAUACCAGAUAUGAGGCUCUGUCCCUGGGCUGGAUCUCGGUGUCUCCUGCCCGUCCUGGUUGUGCUGACUGUUGUCCUCUAUGUCCAGUCAGAUCAGCAUCAACCCAGGGAGAGACACUAUUACAUCGCUGCUGUCGAGAUAGACUGGAAAUACCAUGACAAUGACACACACAGGUUUGGUCCCACCUAUAAGAAAGUGGUCUUUCGGGAGUAUGAGAAAGACUUCAGGCAGGCUAAGACUCAUCCCUCCUGGUUAGGUCUCCUCGGACCCACACUGAGAGCUGAGGAGGGGGAGACGAUCGUCGUCACUUUCAGGAACAUGGCGACUGAAGCACAUAGCAUUCACCCACACGGGGUGGCUUACGGGAAACAGUCAGAGGGCGCCAACUACUUUGACAACACAUCACAGAAAGAGAAGGAGGACGACGUGGUGCAGCCAAACAGCGAACAUGUUUACCACUGGGAGGUGACGUCAGAUGUUUCUCCUCAGCCAAACGACCCCACCUGUCUCACCUACACCUACAUCUCCCACCAGAAUGUUGUGGAGGACUACAACUUAGGCCUCAUCGGCACUUUGCUCAUCUGCAAACCUGGCAGUCUGGAUGAGUCGGGGAAGCAGAUUGGGGUCCACCAGGAGUAUGUGUUCCUCUUUGGGGUUUUUGAUGAGAAGGAGAGCAAGAACAAACCAAACGGCUACGACUCAGACAACCACGUCAAAUACACCAUCAACGGAUACACAAAGGGAUCGCUGCCCGAUGUCAGCGUGUGUGCUCAUUCCUCCGUCAGCCUGCAUCUGCUGGGUAUGAGCUCAGAGCCUGAGGUAUUCUCAGUGCACAUGAACGGGCAGGUGCUGCAGCAGACUGGGCAUAAGGUGUCAUCAGUGGGGCUGAUCAGUGGCUCCACCGCCACCGUAAGCAUGGUGGCGCUCCAUGAAGGCCGCUGGCUGCUCUCCUCGCACACACUGAAGCACAUUGAAGCUGGCAUGCAUGGUUUCGUGGAUGUGAAGAAGUGUGAUGGCUUCAAAGCGCCACUGCGACAGAUGACUAUUGAGCAAAGAAGACAAAGCAGGGAGUGGACGUACUACAUAGCAGCUGAGGAAAUUAUGUGGGACUAUGCACCUACCAUGCACGAACAUGUUGAUGAGGACUUCAAGCACCAGUACUUGAGGCAGUCAUCAACACGCAUAGGUCGGAAGUACAAGAAGGCAGUGUACACUCUGUACAAAAACGAGUCGUUCACUGAACGGCUGGAGACGAAGCAAAGGAAAAAUGAGCUCGGCAUCUUGGGCCCAGUGAUCAGAGCACAAAUCAGAGACGUUAUCAAGAUUGUUUUUAAGAACAAGGCGUCCAGGCCUUACAGCAUCUAUCCACACGGACUGACAAUUGCCAAGUCAGAGGAGGGAGUCAACUACCCAGAGGGAGGCAACCAUUCUCAUGGUGUCCAGCCGGGUGAGACAUACACUUACGUGUGGAGAGUGGUCGAAGAGGACGAGCCUUUGGAAGGAGACUCCCGGUGUCUGACGCGGAUGUACCACAGCGCAGUGGACGCACCACGUGACAUCGCCUCGGGACUGAUAGGACCAAUCCUCAUCUGCAAGAGUCAGUCCCUCAAUGUCAGGAACGUGCAGCUGAAAGCAGACAAGGAGCAGCACGCCAUUUUUGCCGUGUUUGAUGAAAACAAGAGCUGGUACCUGGAUUACAACGUUGGCCACUUUUGUGAUCGAACCAAAGUCAGCAAGACUGACCCGGACUUCUAUAAGUCCAACGUCAUGCACACGAUUAAUGGUUAUGCGUUUGAGAGCGGCCCGCUCUUGGGCUUCUGUAAUGGCGAGGUUGCAACGUGGCAUGUGUCGAGCAUUGGAGCGCAGGACUACAUCCAGACAGCUACCUUCUAUGGCCAUGCAUUCGAGCUGAAUGAGCGGACAGAGGACUUUCUCAGUCUCUACCCCAUGACGGGAGAAACCAUCACUAUGAGCAUGGACAACAUUGGAGUCUGGCUGCUGGCUUCCCUGAACUCUCAUGAGACAACCAAAGGAAUGCGCGUCAAGUUUCAGGAUGUUGAGUGCUACCGUGACUACCAGUAUGAGUACAAUGACUAUGAAGACGCAACGGUCAACAAAGAGUUUACGGUGUGGAAGCCUCCGAGCUGGGAUGAUAUCAAGAAGGAAGAGGAGAAACCAAAACCUGUAAAAGAAAAGCCUGUGGAGGUAGAUGUUUACACAGAUAUGUUUGCAGAAGAAUUAGGUCUCAGGUCUCUGAAGAACCAGUCGAUGGACUCGGAGGCGGAGGAACUGGACCUCUCUUUCCUUGACUACGAUGCUAUUGAUGUGCUUGAUGGAGGUCCGAAUGUCACCCUUAAUUUCACAGCGAUAAAGAGCAACAAUAAAACCUCUAUUCCAAAGCCAAAUGCACAAAAUGAGACAUCAUUUCCCAAUUGGAAAGAGGUUGAUGGAGUAAACUUUACUGAGGUUAGUUUGCUGAACCACAGCAUCAGUGAGAAUACAAAACAUACGCAGAACAGAAGUGCCGCACCAAUAUUUGACAAGAUGAAAACAGAGAACACGACCGUCUUUAAUAACACAAAUGAUUUACCAAAGAACGACAGUAUAACUACAAAUAGCAGUUCUUCUCCCGUUGUCUCAAAUCCUAAGAAUGAUUCUGUGUCUGACACAAAGAACACAACAAUUCACAAUGCUACGGCAUUAUCAGCAGCUGGAAAUGUAUCUACAGACACACAUACCAAUCUUACCGCCACAUUACAAGGAACUGCUAAUCUUACUGUAACAUUACCUGGAAAUUUAAGUUCCCUCUUGGAGCCUGAACAAACUAACGUAAACCUGACUGCCUCUGUGAGCCCGGACUCGGCCGAGGACUCAGAGGAAAGACUCACCAGAGGAGAUGUGUUCUCUUACUCUGCUCCUGUAUCCAAUUCCAGCAGCCUCCACAGUACACCAGAGGGCAAUGUGUCUGCUACCACUCUGCCACCAAGGGACGAUGUGAAUAACACAGCGACUAACUAUGUUAACGUGUCUGCAGAUGCAACAAACCAUUCAGUGUCUGUACCAGCGUCUGAUGUUGGGGAGGUUAACAUCAACAGCACAGACAGAAGCAACUCGACCACCUUAGACUUGGAGAACACAGACAACACAACCAGUGACAAUGGCUCUUUGAGUGCUGCAGCAAAGCCGGAGUACGGACUACAAAUGAAUUCCUCUGAAGUUGAGCCUAAUCGAGUCAAUUCCAGCCUUGAAAAUGUAACACAUACUUUACUUGAAACUGGGCUCUUGCAAAAUGGCUCAGUGAAUAGCAAAUAUUCAGAUAUAUCAAGAUCAAAUGGAUCAAAGUCAACAGGGGAGCUUAGUUCAGACAGUCGAGAGAACAUCACAGCUCUUUUUGGUGAGUUGAACCACACGUCUUCCUCAGAAAGUUUCUCCAAUGAGACUGUGGGUUCAGGUAACCUGUCCUUCUCCAGUGACGCAGUGAAAAAUGGAGGUUCUGAGGAGCUAAGUGCCUCAGAGAGCAGUGAAGAGGUGUUAAUCUACCUCAAAGGGAACAACACAGAGGUGAUUAAAACCACCUCUGUUAAAACACAGGACUACAACUGGCCCUAUGAGGGAACGCACCAAAUGGUACCCAUGGAGAUUCCUGACCACAUGAUGAAAUAUUUUGAGAAAGAGACUCCUCAAACAACGCCAGCUCCGAAGAAGAAGAUCAAGAGGGUGACCCUCCGACACAGGCCCCAGAAGGGCGAAGGCAUGAAAACAAAAAGGAGGAAGGUAUACAAGCCUGUUGCUAGGAGUGGUUUACCAAUGUCUCCUCGUGGAUUUAAUCCAGGCAUGACCCCGCGGGGGUCACGACCCAGUGCACCACAGCCUUUCUCUGAUGAGGAGGAUCUCAUUAACAUGCCUGUGGUCAUAGGGGUGCCCCGGCCUGAUUUCAGUGACUAUGAGCUGUAUAUUCCUGGGGAUGAGCCAGAUCGUCUAGGGUUUGAUGAGCAAGAUGUGAAAGAAGAUGAAUAUGAAUAUGUUACCUACAAAGACCCCUACAGCAGCCAUGAAGACAUCAAGAAUCUCAACCUGGACGAGACCACCAAAUACUACUUAAAAUUCUCAGGCCCGAACGUAAAGACUUAUUUCAUCGCUGCAGAGGAGGUUGAGUGGGACUACGGCGGCUACGGACAGAGGAGGCAAGACAAGUCACAACUUAACAGCCGAGAAACUACGUUCACCAAGGUGGUUUUCCGGAGAUACAUGGAUAGUAGCUUCAGCACACCUGACAUCCGUGGAGAGAUAGACGAGCAUCUAGGCAUCCUGGGACCUCUCAUCAAGGCAGAGGUUGGACAAAGCAUCAUGGUGGUGUUCAGGAACAAUGCACACCGGCCAUACUCCAUUCACCCAAAUGGGGUUUCCUAUACCAAGCAGACAGAAGGUCUGUCCUACGAGGAUGGCUCCAAGUACUGGUAUAAAUAUGACAACGAGGUUCAACCCAAUACCACCUUCACAUAUUUGUGGAAGGUCAGUUCCAUGGUUGGGCCAACGGCAGAAGAGUCUCACUGUCGGACUUGGGCCUACUACUCAGGUGUUAAUCCUGAAAGGGACAUCCACUCCGGCUUGAUUGGGCCUUUGCUGGUGUGUCGAGAGGGCACCCUGGAUUUACCAGACAUCAGGGAGUUCGUGCUGCUUUUCAUGACCUUCGAUGAGUCACAGAGCUGGUACUAUGAGAAGAACCGUGAGAUAAUGCAGAGGAAAAGCCGAAGGAGAAUCAUGGACCCCAAUCUGAAGGACAACCUCAAGUUCCAUUCCAUCAAUGGGAUUAUAUACAACCUGAAGGGCCUGAGGAUGUACACCAACCAGCUGGUGUGCUGGCAUCUGAUCAACGUGGGUUCUCCCAAAGACUUUCAGAGUGUCCACUUCCACGGCCAGACGUUCCUCCAUAAGAAGACCACCAGCUACAGACAGGCUGUCUACCCACUGCUGCCUGGGAACUUUGCUACUCUGGAGAUGUAUCCGUCCAAACCUGGCCUGUGGCAGCUGGAGACAGAAGUGGGUUUAAACCAACACAGGGGCAUGCAGACCCUCUUCCUGGUUCUAGACAAUGACUGCUACCGUCCACUGGGUCUACAGUCAGGCAGUGUGAAAGACAACCAGAUCACUGCACUCAACACCAGAGGAUACUGGGAGCCCCAUCUCGCCAGACUGAACAAUCAGGGUAAAUACAACGCGUGGAGCACAGAGCAGAACAACAGCUGGAUUCAGGUGGACUUCCAGCGGCCGGUUGUGGUCAGCCAGGUGGCCACGCAGGGAGCCAAGCAGAUGUUCCAUUCCCAGUAUGUGGUCAAGUACUUGAUCUCCUACAGCUACGACCGCCGGAAGUGGAUCUUCUAUAAAGGAGACAGCAAGGGCCUCAGGAAGGUGUUCCAGGGGAACCAGGAAGCCUAUGAGACAAAGAAAAACACCUUCUUUCCUCCUGUGAUUGGACGAUUCAUCAGGCUCCACCCCAUCAACUGGUACAACAAGGCCACGCUUCGCAUGGAGUUUUACGGCUGUGAGCUUGACGGCUGCUCGGUGCCUCUGGGCAUAGAGAGCGGACUCAUAGAAGACCGUCGGAUCACUGCCAGCUCCACAGCCUCCAGCUGGUACUCUGGACCCUGGAAACCCUCUCUGGCACGCCUCAACAGACAGGGUACCAUCAACGCAUGGCAGGCAAAGUACAAUGACAUGAACCAGUGGCUUCAGGUGGAGCUGCCCCAGGUUAAGAAGAUCACAGGUAUAAUAACACAGGGAGCAAAGUCUCUGGGGACAGAGAUGUACGUCAUGUCCUACACUCUGCAGCACAGCGACAAUGGGAUACACUGGAACCAGUACACAGAUGAUGAGGACCUCUCAUCCAAGACUUUCUCUGGAAAUAAAGACAACAACGACCAUGUGAAGAACUACAUCUACCCUCCCAUCUUCUCACGCUUCAUCCGAAUCGUCCCCAGAAGCUGGAUGAACUCCAUCACCAUGAGAAUAGAGCUGCUGGGCUGUGACUUUGAGUGAUGCACAUACAGGUCACUGUCAGGUCAACCAUACUCCUUUACCUGCAAUUUAAGCACACAUGCAACGUGUAGACAUAUGCACAUACAUUUCCACACAUAGGGUCACGUGUAGAGGACAGUACACAUGUGAAUAUACUAAAUUAUAGCCAUUGCAUGCAGCCACAAGCAAAUACAUACUUUCAUACACUUUCUAACACAUACACCAUCCAUUUCCAGAUUUGUCGAGAGCAGUAGUUGUGCGUAAUCUUUUUGUCAAUAGGUUUGCGUGUUUUUGAGAUACCACUUUCAUUUUUAAGUUGAUGUGUAUUGAUGUGUAUUGAUUUUGUCCAUCAGAAAUGAACAGAAAUGAAUGUAAAUAUGUAAGUACAGACCAUGUAAUUUAUUUUACAAUAAAUAUGAUUACCAUUCGUAC